AUGAACGUGGUCCAGGCCGGGCCCAAUCUCCCAGAGGCGGUCCCCCAGAGGCGGUCCCCCAGAGGCGGUCCCCCAGAGGCGGUCCCCCAGAGGCCGGUCCCUCAGAGGCGGUCCCCAAGAGGCGGUCCCCCAGAGGCGGUCCCCAAGAGGCGGUCCCCCAGAGGCGGGCCCCCAGAGGCGGUCCCCCAGAGGCGGUCCCCCAGAGGCCGGUCCCUCAGAGGCGGUCCCCCAGAGGCGGGCCCCCAGAGGCGGGCCCCCAGAGGCGGUCCCCCAGAGGCGGUCCCCCAGAGGCGGGCCCCCAGAGGCGGGCCCCCAGAGGCGGUCCCCCAGAGGCGGGCCCCCAGAGGCCGGUCCCCCAGAGAAGGGCCCCCAGAGGCCAGUCCCUCAGAGGCGGUCCCCCAGAGGCGGUCCUUCAGAGGCGGGCCCCCAGAGGCCGGUCCCUCAGAGGCGGGCCCCCAGAGGCGGUCCCCCAGAGGCCGGUCCCUCAGAGGCGGGCCCCCAGAGGCGGUCCCCCAGAGGCUGGUCCCUCAGAGGCGGGCCUUCAGAGGCGGUCCCCCAGAGGGUGGUCCCCAAGAGGCGGGCCCCCAGAGGCGGUCCCCCAGAGGGCGGUCCCCAAGAGGCGGGCCCCCAGAGGCCGGUCCUUCAGAGGCCGGUCCCCGAAAGGCGGUCCUUCAGAGGCGGUCCCCCAGAGGGCGGUCCCCCAGAGGCUGGUCCCUCAGAGGCCGGCCCCCCAGAGGGCGGUCCCCAAGAGGGCGGUCCUUCAGAGGCCGGUCCCCCAGAGGCGGGGCCCCCAGUUAA